AUGUCUCAAGCUGGCGCUCCACUUACCGAUGAUGGGGACGGCAGCUAUUCCGGGCAAAAUCUGGUGCUGAUCCUGAGUAUCGUGACCUUGCUCGGCCUCGCCAUCUACAACUCUAUCGAGCUCGUCAUCCUCAUCCUCUGCACUUUCCGACACUGGCGAGGUCUGUAUUUCUGGAGUUUGCUGCUGAGUGGCUUGCUCGGCGUCGUUCCACAGGCCGUCAGCUUCCUACUAAAGGACCUGGCGCUGGCGCCACUCUGGUUUUCGCUUACCCUCUCCACCAUCGGCUGGUAUUUCAUGGUCACCGGCCAAGCCGUGGUGCUGUACUCACGACUCAAUUUACUGGUGAAUGAUCCCAGUGUCUUGCGCCGCGUGUUGAUCAUGAUUAUCACCAAUGCGAUCAUUCUUCACGUGCCGACCACUAUCCUCACUUACGGCUCUAAUUUCGCCAAAUCUAACAAUGCCGUCUGGCAACAUGGUUACGAUAUCAUGGAGCGCAUCGAGCUGGUCGGUUUCUCCGUGCAAGAGAUGGUUAUCUCUUAUCUCUACGUGGUGCAAGUUAUCCGAAACUUGCGCAUCGUCCCUCCAAACUCGCGCAUUCACAAAGUGCAUCGCAAAACCCUCUACUACGUUCUCGCCAUCAACGUCUUCCUCAUCCUUCUGGACGUGGUACUCCUCAUCAUGGAGUUCACCAAUCGCUACACCAUCCAGACAGCCCUCAAGUCCCUGGUGUACAGCAUCAAGCUCAAGCUUGAGUUUGCGGUUCUUAACCGCCUCAUCUGUCUCGUCCGGCCGGAGCAGGUCACUUCGGACGACUACUGGCAGCCCUCACCCAGUCCGAGUCCAAGGACACCGAACGGACUGGGUCAUGAGUUGACAGACUUCGGUGGGUUCUCAAGGGUCGAGUCCUGUGAUACUGCCGCACUGAGGCAUCCAAGGACGCAGGUUGUCCGGAUUAACAAGGCGUUUAAAUGA